CGGAGCGUGAUGACGCAUCCGCGUGCGCUCGGUGGCUCGCCGGGGAAGAUGGCGGCUGCUGCUUUGGGGGAGAGGGCUUAAGAGGGGCGGAGGCAGGGGCCGCGCAGGAGCGACAUUCCGCUGGGGGAAGACGGACGCUCGGCCUGCCGUUCGUUGGGAGCCCUGCUCGGCGCCCGACGACAGAGCCAGAGGGGUGCCGGCACAACCCCCGACCUUCCCUUGGUGCCAUGGUGCUCCUGUGCGGUGACUGCUCAGCCCCGGCCCCGGCCCCGGCCCCUGUGCAUGGCGCGGCGUCUGUCCUACUGGUGUCCUAGAAAGAAAACACCAGGAUGGCUACAGAAAUUGGUUCCCCUCCUCGUUUUUUCCAUAUGCCAAGGUUCCAACACCAGGCCCCCCGACAACUUUUUUAUAAGCGACCUGAUUUUGCACAGCAACAAGCAAUGCAGCAGCUCACGUUCGAUGGAAAGCGAAUGCGAAAAGCAGUGAAUCGAAAGACUAUAGAUUACAACCCAUCUGUUAUCAAGUAUUUGGAGAAUAGAAUAUGGCAAAGAGACCAGAGGGAUAUGAGGGCAAUUCAGCCUGAUGCAGGUUAUUAUAAUGAUCUGGUGCCCCCGAUAGGAAUGUUGAACAAUCCUAUGAAUGCAGUUACAACUAAAUUUGUUCGGACAUCAACAAAUAAAGUGAAAUGUCCAGUAUUUGUUGUUAGGUGGACUCCAGAAGGCAGAAGGUUGGUCACUGGAGCUUCUAGUGGGGAGUUCACAUUGUGGAAUGGACUCACUUUCAAUUUUGAAACAAUAUUACAGGCUCAUGAUAGCCCAGUGAGGGCCAUGACUUGGUCACAUAAUGACAUGUGGAUGUUGACAGCAGACCAUGGAGGAUAUGUGAAAUAUUGGCAGUCGAAUAUGAACAACGUCAAGAUGUUCCAGGCACAUAAGGAGGCGAUUAGAGAGGCCAGUUUCUCACCCACGGAUAAUAAAUUUGCUACAUGCUCUGAUGACGGCACUGUUAGGAUCUGGGACUUUCUUCGUUGCCAUGAGGAAAGAAUUCUCCGAGGGCACGGUGCAGACGUGAAAUGCGUAGACUGGCAUCCGACGAAAGGCUUAGUUGUUUCAGGAAGUAAAGACAGUCAGCAGCCCAUCAAGUUCUGGGAUCCAAAGACUGGGCAGAGUCUGGCAACACUCCACGCCCAUAAAAACACAGUAAUGGAAGUGAAAUUAAACCUCAAUGGGAAUUGGCUGCUCACAGCAUCACGUGACCACCUCUGUAAGCUUUUCGACAUUCGAAAUCUAAAAGAGGAACUGCAGGUCUUUCGAGGUCAUAAGAAAGAAGCUACAGCUGUGGCCUGGCAUCCUGUUCAUGAAGGGCUUUUUGCCAGUGGGGGGUCUGAUGGCUCUUUGUUGUUCUGGCAUGUUGGGGUAGAAAAGGAGGUGGGUGGGAUGGAGAUGGCCCAUGAAGGGAUGAUCUGGAGUCUGGCGUGGCACCCUCUUGGACACAUUCUUUGUUCGGGCUCGAAUGACCAUACCAGCAAAUUCUGGACCCGGAACCGACCAGGUGAUAAAAUGAGAGAUCGAUACAAUCUAAACCUACUCCCUGGAAUGUCUGAAGACGGAGUAGAAUAUGAUGACCUUGAACCUAACAGCCUGGCAGUGAUUCCAGGGAUGGGAAUACCAGAGCAACUAAAGCUGGCAAUGGAACAAGAGCAAAUGGGAAAAGAUGAAUCAAAUGAAAUUGAAAUGACAAUUCCAGGCUUAGACUGGGGAAUGGAGGAAGUGAUGCAGAAGGAUCAGAAAAAAGUACCUCAAAAGAAAGUUCCUUAUGCAAAACCCAUCCCUGCUCAGUUCCAGCAGGCUUGGAUGCAAAACAAAGUUCCAAUUCCCACCCCAAGUGAAGUGCUGAAUGACAGAAAAGAUGACAUUAAAUUGGAAGAGAAGAAAAAGACCCAAGCAGAAAUCGAGCAAGAAAUGGCCGCGUUGCAGUACACUAACCCUCAGCUUUUGGAGCAACUGAAAAUUGAAAGACUUGCACAGAAACAGGCUGAGCAGAUCCAGCCUCCUCCCUCUGCCACGCCUCUUCUCGGACCCCAGCCCUUCCCAGGACACGGCCCCAUGUCUCAGAUUCCUCAAGGUUUCCAGCAGCCCCAUCCGUCGCAGCCGAUGCCAAUGAAUAGAGGUCAAAUGGGACCUCCCGGCCCCCAGGGACAGCUCGGACCUCCCGGCCCCCAGGGACAGCUCGGACCACAAGGCCCUCCAUUGCAUCAAGGGGGUGGGGGGCCACAAGGAUUUAUGGGACCACAGGGACCCCAGGGCCCACCCCAAGGGAUUCCAAGACCUCAGGAUAUGCACGGGCCUCAAGGAAUGCAGAGGCAUCCUGGACCCCAUGGUCCUCUGGGACCUCAGGGACCACCUGGACCACCGGGAAAUGCUGGUCCUCAAGGUCACAUGGGUCCCCAGGGCCCACCUGGCCCGCAAGGUCACAUGGGCCCCCAAGGCCCCCCUGGGCCUCAGGGACACUUGGGCCCUCAGGGACCUCCUGGUAGCCAAGGGAUGCAGGGGCCACCUGGUCCCAGAGGAAUGCAAGGUCCGCCUCAUCCCCAUGGGUUGCAAGGGGGGCCCGGGUCUCAGGGUCUCCAAGGUCCUGUUUCCCAGGGGCCUCUGAUGGGACUGAAUCCAAGAGGAAUGCAGGGUCCUCCAGGUCCCCGAGAGAAUGCAGGUCCUGCUCCCCAAGGAAUGAUGAUGGGUCACCCGCCUCAAGAAAUGAGAGGACCUCACCCUCCAGGUGGACUACUGGGACAUGGCCCUCAGGACAUGAGGGGCCCUCAGGACAUGAGGGGCCCUCAGGACAUGAGGGGCCCUCAGGACAUGAGAGGCCCUCAGGACAUGAGGGGCCCUCAGGACAUGAGGGGCCCUCAGGACAUGAGAGGCCCUCAGGACAUGAGGGGCCCUCAGGACAUGAGAGGCCCUCAGGAUAUGAGAGGCAUGCAGGGGCCUCCACCCCAAGGAUCCAUGAUGGGUCCUCCCCAGGACAUUCGAGGCCCUCCAGGCCCACAGGGCCAGCAGGGGCCACCCCAGGGCUCCAUGGGACCCCCACCGCAGGGUGGCAUGCAAGGGCCCCCCGGACCUCAGGGCCAACAGAACCCAGCAAGAGGGCCUCACCCGCCGCAAGGGCCAAUGCCAUUCCAGCAGCAGAAAACAGCUCUUCUGGGUGACGGGCCCCGGGCCGCCUUCAGUCAGGAAGGACAGAACGCAGGCCCCCCGCCCUUGAUACCAGGCCUAGGGCAGCAGGGAGCACAAGGCCGCAUCCCCCCUCUAAACCCCGGACAAGGACCUGUUCCAAACAAAGGUGACGCCCGUGGCCCCCCAAACCAUCACAUGGGCCCGAUGUCAGAGAGGCGGCACGAGCCCAGCGGCCCCGACCACGGCCCAGACCGGGGUCCUUUCCGGGGUGGUCAGGACUGUCGGGGCCCUCCCGACAGACGUGGCCCUCACCCCGACUUCCCCGACGACUUCAGCCGCCCGGAUGACUUCCACCCGGAGAAGCGCUUCGGCCACCGGUUACGGGAAUUCGAGGGGCGAGGCGGACCUUUGCCUCAAGAAGAGAAGUGGAGGCGCGGGGGCCCUGGGCCCCCGUUUCCUCCUGAUCACAGGGAGUUCAGUGAGGGGGACGGCCGGGGUGCCGCCCGAGGACCCCCAGGAGCAUGGGAAGGCCGAAGACCAGGAGACGAGAGGUUUCCUCGGGACCCCGAGGACCCGCGCUUUCGGGGGCGCAGAGAAGAAAGCUUCCGAAGAGGCGCCCCACCACGACAUGAAGCUCGUCCCCCUCCCAGAGGAAGGGAUGGGUUUCCGGGUCCUGAGGACUUUGGUCCAGAGGAGGGCUUCGAUGCCGCUGAUGACACUGCCCGAGGAAGAGAUCUCAGAGGCCGAGGUCGAGGUGCUCCGCGAGGAGGAAGGAAGGGUCUUCUCCCUACACCUGAUGAGUUCCCUCGCUUUGAAGGAGGAAGGAAACCAGAUUCUUGGGAUGGAAAUAGAGAGCCAGGGCCGGGUCACGAACAUUUCCGCGACGCUCCCCGUCCCGACCAUCCUCCUCAUGACGGCCACUCCCCAGCUAGCCGAGAACGUUCUUCUUCUCUCCAAGGCAUGGACAUGGCAUCGCUGCCACCCCGGAAGCGUCCCUGGCACGAUGGGCUAGGGUCCUCUGAGCACAGAGAAAUGGAAGCCCCCGGGGGUCCCCCAGAGGAUCGAGGAGGUAAAGGCCGAGGGGGCCCUGGACCUUCUCAGAGAGUGCCAAAAUCUGGGCGUUCCAGCUCCUUGGAUGGAGAUCACCAUGACGGAUACCACAGAGAUGAACCUUUCGGAGGCCCUCCUGGGAGUGGUGCUCCUUCCAGAGGAGGCCGGAGUGGCAGUAACUGGGGGAGAGGGAGUAACAUGAACUCUGGCCCACCAAGGCGAGGAACUUCCAGAGGCAGUGGAAGAGGUCGGUAGAAGUGGGGCUGAGCAGCCCUAGGCUUCCCUGGACAGUAUUUAAGAACUUCCUGUGGACCUAACCAAGAGAAAGAAAAGGAAGCCUGCACCAUGUAGCCCUGAACUCUUUUUUGCGGGGGGCACUUGAAUCCCAGGGGCUCCUACUGAAGUCUUCAAGAUGAAGAGACUGUUGCUGGCUACCCAGAGUAGCUGGCUUCAUUUUGUCAUGUCUACCCUCACUGCCCUAACCCCCAAAUUGUUUUGUGAAGAGAAAAGCUGGAUUUUUUUUUUUUUAAUUUUUAAAUGUCACGAGACAUGGAACAUUUCUACAAAUUUAAUUUCAUGUCCAUUUGGAAAUUUGUUUCUAUAUGUACAGUUUGUCAGAGAAGAAAACAAUACGCUUUUUUGUAUGAAUACAGAAUGUGAUUUAUGCAGGAACUAACAGAGAA